AUGAAGGAAAUAGACAUCUAUAUUGGCCCUAGCGAACGCAAUGGGGUCGGUGGUGGCCAUCACCACCAUCAUCGAACCCAUCACCAUGGACAAGAAGUCCGAGCUUCAAUAAGUAACCUGCCAGCCUAUACAGCAAUGCGAGCGCAAGUGUGUGUCAUGAAUACACAUUUUGUUGGACACCCAAGCAAUGUUGUAGACUUCUUCACACCUGAAGGAAAACCAGGACCAGUAAAAGACUUAAGAAUAGAAUCAUAUGGUGCCACAUUUGUUCUCUUGAAAUGGUCACAACCGACAGAACCUAAUGGGAAGCUUCUAGGCUAUGAUAUCGGAUAUCAAUCAGUUGAUUCCCAUACAUCGGUUGGUCCUAUUGAACUCUUGAAACCUCAGAUCAACAGCCCUACAACACUUGGUGCCAGAAUCACAGGCCUAAAAAGGGAUCACUCCUUUAGAUUCUAUGUCUGGGCCCGUACAGGUGCUGGAAAAGGACCGCACAGUGUUGUAGAUGUGAAAACAGUACAUGCCUAUCGUAAGUACAAGUUUGAAAUAUUUUCCUCAAAAACUAUCACUUUUCUCCUUUUAAGAAUUUAG